AUGGCCCGCGACAUUCGCCAACAGGCGCUGCAGAAAAUCGCCGCCCUGUCUGCGUCGAGCGUCAUCACUUCCUUCGACCGAUCUGACCUCGACCGACUUUGUAAAGCGACGGGCCAAGGCAAAGUAAAGGAAAAUGGCUCUGCUCGAGGACACUCGCUAGCUCGAGUACCCAUGACAAUCCGCGAAUUUGAAGUCCUCAUUGCUCUCUGCAAAGCUGCGCCGGCUGUGCAAAGUAGCCAGAGUGCCCAAAAGUUGACAAACCAACUGAUCCCCUAUCUGCUCGAGGCGCAUUCGCAGACGUUUCAACCGUCGCCAUUCUUUCGAACGAUCGAGCCCUCCCCUAUCGAAGCUCUGGCCACUCACCUGACCGCUGCAUUGCUGUCAUUGGGCUCCAGACAUGACGCUCUACAUGAGACCGUGUCUGACAACAUUUGGGCUUUCCUCGCCGCCCUGAAAACGGCUGUUCAGAGUGUCGUGUCUUUGCAAGAUGAGGACGGCGUCGACCAAAGUCUCGAGGAAGCUACCCGUACCGCGACUAUUGCCAUUGCACUUCUGGGCUUUUUGGAUGCUGCUUCGGCGCAAGCAGACUUCUGGAGGACUGGCGGCCGACUGGCAUUGAUCCAGCGAGUGCGAAACCUCCUCACUGAACCUUUCUUGACUGCUGUCGAGGGCGCAUUCUCUAGCAUACGAAAUGCGCACGCCUCGGACAGGAAUUCCAAGGAGUGGAAGAGAUACAUGAGGCACUAUGCCGCUCAGGGCCGCCCGCUCAGUGCAAACUUACUUCAGCGUAGCUUCAUCUGGCUCUUGGGCUCAUCCACGUCUCUGCUGAUUGCAGAUGCCAGGAUUCUCAGAGCAACUCACAUUCUCGAUUUGCUCAUGGCGAACAAAGAUAUGAUCAAUCCCGGGCCACACAGCAAUGGUGAUGCAGAUUUCCGCUCCAUUGAAAUGUAUGCCAACAUUGCACGGGAUGAGAUCGAUAGGCUAGAAGAGAGCGCCGACUUUAUACAAAUGGGCUCGGUAUCGCAACAGAAAAUCGCAUUUGCUGUCAAAGCGGCAGCUAUAGUUGGUUUCUUGAAUUGCACCGUGCUCAAUGAGGAUGCCGCUGAGCCUGAUGUUCUUAUGGGCUGGUUGGAAGAAACUAUGCUCGAUCCCAUUCAGAUGCACGACGACGUGCUGGCAUCCACUGUGCUUCGAUCAAUGGCUAUAUUGUGCAGGUUGAACCAGAGUUAUGCACCAAAAGUCAGCCGACUUUUGCCUCGAUUUAUUGUGCAGAGUAUCUUGCGCGGCGAAACGAUAGAGGUAGCAUCGAAAUGCUUGGCUUUUGUUCUUCAAUUGCUCUCGCACGAUGCAGUGAUCACCACCUUGUACACCCUUGGCAACGUGUUGAGCCCAACAACUGAGCAGGAAAUACCAAAUGGUACGAACACCGACUUUGCAGCUGACGGUAUAGAAGCAAAUGGCAUAUACCACGGACGGCAAUCGACGGGCAGCUCGAUAUCUUUGGCACUACAAGGUGACGAGGACACAUCCCUGGUCUAUUCCAACAUUGUUCAAGCCAUCAGCAGCAUUGCAAACAUUUCAAAUGAUGAAAAGAUUACAGCCUUGGCACAGGCCAUGCUUCUACAGAAGUUGAACAAGGUCAACCACUCUGUAGAUGCACAGAUCAUCACCGGUGCAGCCCAUCUGUCACUUACAAGCGGACAAUUGGAGUUCCGUUCCCUUCUCAGACUUUACUCUAGGAUCUGCCACGCUGCAUUGGUAGAUAAUAAUGCCACUCUGCUCACUGCUGUCACGAAAGCGCGCAACUACAUUUCCGCAAACGUGAAACGGGGCUCACCCCUAUUUGAUAUAUACCUUGAAUACAUACUCGAGGAAUUGAUCUCCAAGGGAGAUGUGCACGAGUCCAAGGGUGCCCGGGAGUCCGAUCUAGAAUUCGCGGCGGGCGAGAUCUCCCAGCUGCUUCAGCCCCUUUCCAUUCUCAUGUCUACGAAGCAGUUUGCUGCCCAUAUCGAAUCCGAGGACGACAGCCACGCAGCCAUCCGUGAUGCUUGGUUCAAUAUCGUGGUUCAUGGAUUCAACCCUUUGACUGACCGGGGCAAGAAGUACACCAAUGAGCUCAGGAUCAUGGCAAUACACUCGCCUCCGCUUGUGGCCGAACAGCGUGGUGAACAGAACGAAAGCGAUAUCGAGUUGAACACCGUUCUUCGCAGAGCAAACACGUCAGAUAGAGAAUCUAGGCAGAAGAAGCAACUGUCCGAGUUGAUCCCAAGCAAAGCAAGCGAGAUCAGGAGCCUGAGCUACAGAAAAGUUAUCUUUCUCCAGGCAGCCUACUUGGUCGAGAGCUUGCGCGCUGAUUCGGGCGAUUGUACCAAGGUCCUGUCGUACUUCCUGGAACCCAGCAUGCAUAGAGCCGAGGUCAGCAGCGUCAUGACCGGAAUCGUCGAUGUUGUUUUUCAGAAAUACUUGUCCAAGACUUUGGCUGGAGAGCUACCGACGUUCUCUGCACAGUACGCUGCGUUGCAGUUGGCAGCUAUAUUGUGCAACUGUUGCCACCGUAUUGCGAGAGUUCAACAGGCCGCCUUUGCCAUAGCUGACAGAUUCAUAACAGAGAUUUCCUCAGCCUUGUGCCAAAGGUCGUCUCUGUUUGCUCUGCUGGAACUGUUAUCUCUAAUGUGGACAAGCUGCCUGGAAGCCGAAACAGAAAUGUACGAGCCACGAUCAGUUUUCACUUCAGCGCGAGGCAACGUUACCAUUGAGCUUUCUGAUGACUACGGUUUCAGGAAACAUACCCUUGAUCGCUUGUACCAGAAAGCCAAGCUCUGGGUCGCAUCCGUCAUUAAUCUGGCGCCUGCAGACGUGAAGGGUCUUUUGCAAACUUACCUUUCAGAGUUUGACGAAGAAAGUGCCUACGGACACAUGUCUCUGGGUCGAUCAUUUGCAAUGGAAAUGGGAGCCUCCAUCCCAUUAACGGACCAAAGACUGACAUCGCUGAACCCCGUUGGCUUGACAGCCAUCAACACAGCAUCCGACUUCAUCGCCCAGUACACUACUCGCCAGGAAUAUCGAUAUGGAGAGGCUUUGCCUGACCAUGGCAUGGAUCUCGUCAAUUUCAUGCCUCACGGGCGAAGAGCAUCAUUUAUUAAGUCACCACUUAAUGAGACUGCCAACGCCGUCAACGCGCUGGCUCAUAUCGAAUCGCGACUUGCUACGAAGAAGUCCACUUCGGUUGAUGACGUGCGUGAGAUUUUGCGCCGAGCUGCUGCACUACUUUGUCGCUCCAACAAGGACGAGAGCGCCGUGACCCAUUACUUGGUCAGCAUCCCCUUUACAAUGUUUACCAAGGAGUCCCUGAAGCUUGGAGUAUCCCUCUGGCUUGGAGUGAUGAAUGAAAACCCUCGAAUGGAACCGCGUUUGCUUGCCGAAAUCGCUCAACAGUGGGAGUUUACUAUUCAGAAGCGCCUGGGGCUUUUCAACCCUUCACUAAUGCACCCGGACCCUUUCUUUGUCAAGGAAGAAUUCGCACCGAGCAACAACGAGGCCAUGACCAAGCGUCGACAAGUCGUGCACAACCUCCUUGCUCCCCACACGCGUCUGGUACAAUUCUUCAACAGUCACUUCAACUCCACCCGUCUAGGUAGUCCGGACACGCAGCGUAUCUUCCUUCGACUAUUGGACUUGACUCUCAAUGCGAUGAAGAGUUCCAUUUCUCAUCCUUUGGCCCGAGAACUUCGACUGCGCAUCAUGCUCUUCAGUCUCAGGGUGCUCAAAGUGAGCAAUGGCUUGGGUAACCUUACGCAUUGGCGCCUCAAGGACCAGAUUCUUUCCGCUGGCCUCAGCUGGUUCAAGUUUGUUCCAAAAUGGUCCUUUGGUAGCAACAUCCUGCAAAUUAAAACUGAAGUGCGCCUGAUAUCAGAUGUGUCGACAGCAUUGAAAGGAAUCCCCACCAUUGCAGCAAGCCCAGUGGGAUCAUACAAAGCUUUGCAGCAAAAAGAACAGCUCCUUCAGCUCCUGCUCGAAAGCGAACAGGCACGGUUGAAUGUCUGGGUUCAUCCUCUAGGCGAUCAUGGGGCACGGGCAGACAUCAUGACAAAUCAGGGUCAAAAGGCACUGGAGUUGGCUCUGAACCCACUCAUCCGAGUUGCCUGGGCAGAGAGCCCCUCUCUAGCGAUUGAGCUCGUGAGUCGAUUCUCAAAUUUCCACAGCGUCCACAGUGAGGUCCGCUGGCUGCUGUUGAAUUUUGCGUCCAAAGCUGUCAAUGAACCCGAGGCGCUGCCAAUCCUUCUUGGCAGUGAGCUGCCUACAGACGUACGCGAUCAGCUCAAGUAUCUACUUUAUUGGUCUCCCGUCAAUCCUGUGACGGCUGUGACUUAUUUCAUGCCAACGUAUCGCAACAACCCCUUCGUCCUGCAGUACGCCAUGCGAGCCCUUGAAGAUCAUCCCGUGGAUGUCACGUUCUUCUACGUUCCGCAGAUUGUGCAGGGUCUGAGAUACGACGCUCUGGGUUAUGUAGAGCGUUACAUCAUUGAGACUGCACAAUUCUCACAACUUUUUGCGCACCAAAUUAUCUGGAACAUGAAGGCAAACUCCUACAAGGAUGACGAUGCACAGAUACCUGAUGAAAUCAAGCCUGCUCUUGACAAGGUGAUGAACAGGAUGGUUGACAGUUUCUCUCCCGAGGACCGAGCCUUUUACGAAAAAGAAUUUAGUUUCUUUGACGAAGUCACCGGCAUUUCCGGCAAGCUCAAGCCUUUGAUCAAGCGACCCAAGCCCGAGAAGAAGCUCAAGAUUGAGGAAGAGCUCCGCAAGAUCAAUGUUGAGGUUGGCGUCUACUUGCCAAGUAAUCCUGAUGGUGUUGUCAUUGGUAUCGACAGAAAGUCCGGCAAACCUUUGCAGUCUCAUGCCAAAGCACCAUUCAUGGCUACAUUCCGCAUCAAGAAGCCCAAAACGGAUUCACAGGAUGAACAAGAGGCGGUCAUCCAAGCUACCAGUGACACUGGCUAUGUGCCUCCAGCAAACACGAUUGAGACGUGGCAGUCGGCCAUCUUCAAGGUCGGAGACGACUGUCGCCAGGACGUUCUCGCCCUCCAGAUGAUCGCUGCUUUCCGAGGCAUUUUCCACAAUGUCGGUCUCGACGUCUUCGUCUUCCCUUACCGUGUGACCGCCACGGCGCCUGGUUGUGGUGUCAUUGAUGUAUUGCCCAACUCCAUCUCUCGUGACAUGCUCGGUCGUGAGGCAGUCAAUGGCUUGUACGAGUACUUUGUCAGCAAGUACGGCAAUGAGGACUCAUUGAGGUUCCAGCAGGCCCGCAACAACUUUGUCAAGAGCAUGGCUGCUUACAGCAUCAUCUCCUUCCUGCUGCAGUUCAAGGAUCGACAUAACGGCAACAUCAUGAUUGACGAUGCUGGGCAUAUUCUUCACAUUGACUUUGGUUUCUGUUUUGAUAUUGCUCCUGGAGGUGUCAAAUUCGAGCGUGCACCCUUCAAGCUUACGGGUGAGAUGCUUGCUGUCAUGGGUGGCAGCCCGGAACAUCAGUCUUUCAAGUGGUUUGAAGAACUUUGCGUCAAGGCGUUCCUGGCUACCCGUCCGUACGCCGAGAAGUUGAGUCAGAUUGUACUCAUGAUGAUGGACAGUGGACUGCCCUGUUUCAAACCCGAGUCGGUCAUGCAUUUCAAGCAGCGUUUUGUGCUCGAGAAGAACGAGAGGGAGGCUGCGUUGUUUGUCCGGGAUCUGGUCAAGAAGAGUGCAAACAACUACUCGACGGCAGUGUACGAUCAGUUCCAACUGAUGACCAACGGUAUUCCCUACUAG